AUGGCGGAGUACGAUCUAACAAAGCGUAUGGCCCCUUUCUUUGAUUUACAUCUGAUAAUUCCUUUAUUGGAGUUUAUCGAACCAAGGAAGAUUUAUGAUGAUGCGUCACUUGUGGAAAUGCAUCGUCACGUUCUUAUGAAAACAAACAUGAUCGACAGCUUGACCGAAACUUAUCAAGGUACUCCGAUUCCGAAAGAGCUCGAGACAAAAAGGGCCGAAGUUCUCAAGGAAAGGGACAUCCUCAAGGCAAAGGUAAUGCCCUCUGCUAGGCAGUUGUUUUUUUCAAAAUCAGGUACUUCAUCUUUAGCUUAAUA